AACGUCGACGCUCUGAUGCGGCCAUCCAUACACGCUCACCACACGCGCACACACCUGCCCGCACACACGUGUGUCCCGGGGCACACACACACACACACACACACACGAGGGUAUACCAGACGGACGGUCUGCGGGCCCGCGCAUGAGUGCACAUGGACCUCUGUGGGGGUCGUGCACGCACACGCUCCCACACCGAGGCCUGCACCCACGCGCCAGCUCUGCACACACGUCCCCGGGACGGCACAGGGGGCACACACAAACACCAGGGCGUGUGUCCUCGCACACGGACGUCCGCAGAAACGUUGCCACGGACCGUGAACGCAGUCGCAGACCGAAAAGUACGUAGCUCCUGCCUGCGAACCGGGACGUCUGGGACUUCCCUGUCCCCCCAUACACCCACAGACACCCAGAGGCACACGCACGCACACACGUGCACACCCACGGACGCGCUCCUGUCCUGCGGCCCCGGGGCCUCACUCUCUGCUCCACGGCUGCCGCAGUGGGGCCCGGAGGGCUGACACCGGCUCCAUCCGGUCUCGGUCGACGACAGGGAGGAGGAACACUCCGGCCGGCCGUCUGGCCUCGUCUAGGGCGGGGGAUGGGAAACCCCCCGGGCCCAGCCCUCGACGCCCUGCUCGAGCUCCUCUUGCCGCCCGCCAGCCCAGUGCCUCCUGGACCCUCCGGGGCCCGGACGCAGAGCCGACGCGUCCCGCGGUGCCCAGGUGAGACCCAGAAGCGUGGGGACGGGCCAGGGCCCCACCCCCGCGGCCCCACCGAACAGAGAGGAAGAGGAAGUACAGCGUGGGCCUGUGUGGGGGCGCCGGCCCAGACAGCCUCCUGUGCCGCCAGAUGGCCGGCCAUCUGCGGUCCCCUCCUCCUCGCGGCGUGGCCAGACCGGGUGGCGGGGCGAGCCUCCUCAAAGCUGGCAGAGCGUGUUAGGGCCAUGUGCUGCCUGGCAGGCUGGGGGCUGCGCCCCGGGGAGAGGCGACCGGACGCACGGACAGCCGGGCAGAGGCAGGCCCGCCGGGCCCAGCUGCUGCGGCCCCUUCUGCAGCCCUGCCUCUCGCCUCAUAAGAUGGGGCAAUCGGGGAAGGCUUCUCAGAGGAAGGGGCACGGAGACAGACCCAGUUGGAGCAAAGAGCCAGCACUGAGGCCCCCAGGGGAAGGGACCGGCCCGGAAAGACCCGAGGUGGACAGGCUUGGUGUGUCCAACACCCCGGGGAGUCCAGGCCCCUGGGCUGGCACAGGUGAGCUGGGCAGGGGCAGGGGGGAAGAGGGGACGAGUGUGGGGAGGGAGACCCCAGGCGUUGUGGGGGUGGGGGCCCAACCUCCACCUGCGUUUGGGAGGCUGUACUCGGACUGGUCCCAGUGUCUGGGACCCGAGCGCCGGGAUGAUUCCCAUUUCGCAGUCGGGAAGGUGGAGGCCCAGGAGAGGCCGGGGUCACCUGAGCCUGGGGCCCGGGGCUGGCGGAGCCUCUGCGCACCGUCCCCAGUCGACCCCUCCGCGCAUCCUGAGGCUGUCAGCCUCGAUGUCCCCCGGGCUUAGUCACCCCGUACAAGUGACAUUUAUUUAUUCCCUCACACGGGAGCGUGGCGAGAAUUAAUUAUUUCGUGCCAAGGAAGCACUUUGAACAUGAAAAGUGCUGAGUAUGACCGCGACAUUACAGAGAACAGUGCUCCC